AUGGUCAAAUACAUUCUCGUCUGUGGUGGUGUUAUCUCUGGUAUCGGCAAGGGUGUGAUCGCCUCCAGUACUGGUCUCAUGCUCAAGACUGCUGGUUUGAAGGUCACCUCCAUCAAGAUCGACCCUUACAUGAACAUUGAUGCUGGUACCAUGGCUCCCACUGAACACGGUGAGGUGUACGUUCUCAACGAUGGUGGUGAGACCGAUCUGGAUCUCGGUAACUACGAGCGAUACCUUGAUGUCUCUCUCAACAAGGACAACAACAUUACCACCGGAAAGGUCUACCAGCACGUCAUCGACCGCGAGCGAAAAGGAGAUUACCUCGGAAAGACUGUCCAGAUCGUUCCCCACUUGACCAACGCCAUUCAGGACUGGGUUGAGCGAGUGUCCAAGGUUCCUGUUGACGAGACUGGAGAUGAGCCUGAUGUCUGUAUCAUUGAGCUUGGUGGUACCGUCGGUGACAUUGAGUCUAUGCCUUUCGUCGAGGCCAUGCGUCAGUUCCAGUUCCGAGUCGGCCACGAGAACUUUGCUUUGAUCUACGUCUCCCUCAUCCCUGUUGUUGGUGGUGAGCAAAAGACAAAGCCUACUCAGGCUGGUGUCAGGGAUCUACGUGGUUUGGGCCUUCUUCCUGACCUCAUCGCCUGUCGAUGUACCGAGCCCCUCCUUACCGCCACCAUGGAGAAGGUCUCCAUGUUCUGCCACGUCUCCCCCCGACAAGUGCUCGGUGUCCACAACGUCAGCUCUACCUACCACGUCCCCCUCCUCCUCCAAGACCAAGGCAUGCUCAAGUACUUCUGGGAACGUCUUGCCUUGUCGACCGUUGAGAUCCCUACGGCUUUGAAGGCCAAGGGUGAGGAGAUCGCAAACAAGUGGGAGUCUUUGACUAGCGGUGUCGACAAGACUUUCGAGUCUGUCGAGAUUGUCCUUGUCGGCAAGUACACCACUUUGGAGGACUCUUAUAUGAGUGUCGUCAAGUCUCUUGAACACGCUGCUAUGCGAUGUGGCCGACGCCUCGAGCUCCACUGGGUCGACUCUUCCGACCUUGAACCCGCUGCCCAAACCGAGAACCCCGUCAAGUUCCACAACGCCUGGAAGGCCGUCUGCUCCGCCAAGGGUAUCAUUGUCCCCGGCGGUUUCGGUUUGCGUGGUACUGAGGGUAUGAUUGCUGCUGCCAAGUGGGCGCGAGAGCAGAAUGUGCCGUACUUGGGUAUUUGUCUUGGUUUCCAAGUGGCUGUGAUUGAGUGGGCUAGGAACGUUUGUGGUUUGAAGGAUGCCAACUCCUCCGAACUCGUCCCCGAUGGUCCUCACUCCGUCAUCUGCUUCAUGCCCGAAAUCUCCAAGACCCACAUGGGUGGCACAAUGCGUCUCGGUCUGCGACCCACCGUCUUUGAGCCCAACACGGAGAACGCCAAGCUCAGGAAGCUGUAUGGUAGCAAGGACGUUGCUUGGGAGAGGCACAGGCAUAGGUACGAGGUGGAGCCCAAGUAUGUGGAGCAGCUGGAGGCGCCUGGAAACAUGAGGUUUAUCGGUAAAGAUGAAAGAGGAGAGCGAAUGCAGAUGCUCGAGCUGGCAGAGCACCCCUACUUUGUCGGUCUCCAAGCCCACCCUGAAUUCUGCUCUCGUCCUCUCAACCCCUCUCCCCCCUUCCUCGGUCUCGUCGCCGCCGCUUGCGGCCUCAACGUUCUCGAAGAACACAUUGCCAACAACGAGAAGAACUACGUUGACCCCCAUCCCCAAGCCGCCAAGGUCGUCCCUGCGUCGGAGGCUGCUACGGAGGCGGGCAAGGAGAAGAGUCAGACUGGUGUCGAGGGUGUCAAAGUUGCGGAUGAGGAUGUUGCCGGCGGAGAAGAAGCUUAG